GAGCAGAAGACCACUCCUAUCACCCUCUCUUUGUUAUAUAUAAAUAUUUGUUUUAUUAGCUUUCUUAAUUAAUAAUCUCUUAAUUUCAUAACUUUUUGGACGUUGGACGAAGUUUUCAGCGACGCCCCCUUCAGCCCUCCACGCGCUCCCACAGAUCAACAUCAAAGCGCCUUGUCUUCCCUCCGACCUCAUCCGUGCGUGACGGAAUUGUAGCCCGAGGAGGACAGAAGAGUGGAGAGGAGAGGAUAGGGGGAGGAGGAGGACGAGGAAGAGAAGAAGCAGGGAAGGAAGAGGAGGGGAAGGAAGAGGAGGAGGUCGCGCGCACCGGUCCGCAGCAGCAGCAGCAGCAGCAGCAGAUGUUCAGACUCAGAGCGCAACAGGCGCGCGGUCAGACACACACGUACUCACACACAUGCACGAGACCGCACUGAAAACUUUUUGGAAGAAAUGACAUGAAGAGUUUGUCCUGCAUGAAGAACUUUCCUUUUUUAAUUGUCGGAACGCCUUCUGAUCUAACGCGUAAACUUUUUCAAUACUAAUUGGAAAUAUAAAAAAAAAAAAAAUUGCGACCAUGAGUACAGAGGGACAGAAGCGGAUGAGCUCCCGGUGGCGCGUGAGCAUGCUGUUGUCCGUGCUCGGCUGCGCGUGCUGCCUGCUGAACUCGGCGGACGGCUAUAAUUUAGAUGUGGAUAACUCGGUGCACUUUGGAGGACCCAAUUCAUCUCUAUUCGGUUACUCAGUUCUGCUCCAUAAGGACAAACAGAGCGCGUGGUUAAUUGUUGGAGCACCAGUAGCCGACUCCACGUUUUACUCCAGUGUUCAGAAACCUGGUGCCAUUUACAAGUGCAGUGUUUCAAAUAAGGAAUGUGAACAGCUUCAAACUGGUGUGGAGCACUGUGGGAAAACAUGCCAGGCUGAAAGCGAUAACCAGUGGCUCGGAGUCAGCCUUUCCCGAAGACCGAUCACCGGUGAUGUACUGGCAUGUGGUCAUCGCUGGAAGAACGUCUUUUUCUCGCAAAAAGACAAUCAAAACAAGCUGCCGCACGGCGUGUGCUUCCAGUUCAGCUCCGAUUUUAGCCGCACAACCCACUACAUCCCCUGCUACAGAGAUCAUCAGAGGAAGUUCGGUGAAGACUACGGAUCCUGCCAGGCUGGGAUCUCAAAUUUCCUUACUGAGGAUCUGAUGAUUAUGGGAGCUCCAGGGAGCUCUUACUGGACCGGCUCGGUUCUGGUCUACAAUGUGACCAGUAAGGUGUUUGCAGCAUAUGUGGAUGAUGAAAACACUGUGCUCUAUGGCAGCUACCUCGGUUACUCUGUAGGUGCUGGACACUUUCUUUCCCCGAACAGUAUGGAGAUUGUAGGUGGUGCACCACAGCAUGGUCAGACGGGCAAAGUUUAUAUCUUCACAGUGGAAGGCAACAAUCUGAAAAUCCUGAAUGAAACGAGUGGAUCUCAGCUGGGCUCGUACUACGGCGAGAGUGUGUGUGCGGUCGACCUGAAUGCUGAUGGACUCUCCGAUUUGCUGGUCGGGGCUCCGUUGUUCAGCACCGUGAGAGAGGAGGGUCGUGUUUACGUCUACAUUAACCAGGGCCGGGUGAACAUGAAGGAAGCAGAGUUCCAGCUCCUGGGCAGUGAUUCGUACGCAGCUCGGUUCGGAGAGACCAUCGCUGACCUCGGAGACAUCGAUAAUGACGGCUUUCCAGACGUGGCCAUCGGUGCACCACAGGAAGAAGACCUGCGUGGUGCUAUUUAUAUCUACAACGGCAGAAAGAGCGGUAUAACAUCCAGCUUCUCACAAAGGAUAACAGGCUCGGUCCUCGGCCACAGCCUCAGCAUGCUUGGCCAGUCCAUUUCCGGAGGCAUCGAUGCAGAUGGAAACGGUUACCCAGACGUAGCAGUGGGAGCUUUUCUGUCCGAUGCUGCAAUACUGAUCCGGACUCGUCCAGUGGUGAUGGUGGAGACUUCGUUGUUUCUGCCGACCAGCGUGAAUCGAUCGGUGGCCUCUUGUGUUGAACACGGUCUUCCUGCUGUGUGUGUGGAGGUCAAUGUGUGUUUUAUGGUCCAGGGAAAAGCCAUACCUGGACUUGUAGAGCUGAAGUACAACCUCAGUGCAGACAUAAAGCGCAAGGAAAACUUCCCAUCUCGCUUCUACUUCCUUGGCAACGGCAUAUCCAAUGUCACGGCCAGUCUCGUCAGAGCCGAACACAACCAGACGACCUGCAGCACGCAUCAAGCCUUCAUGAGGAAGGAUGUACGUGAUAUUUUCACACCGCUGUAUUUUGAGGUUCAGUAUGAACUCGGUGAGCAUAAUGUACAGAGCGGAAAUUACAGCAGCUUUCCUCCACUCAAAGCCAUUCUACAGCAGAGAGACGGACACACUAACCGAGUCACAAACCAGACUCAGUUUGCCAGAUACUGCGCUUGGGAAAACUGCUCCACAAACCUGCAGGUUUCUGCACAUCUGGUGCUUCCACAGUCUCACGACAACGUGCCGUAUUUCGCUCUGGGAAAUUGGAAGUCCAUCAUGCUGAAUAUCACGCUCGCCAACAUAGGAGACGAUGCUUUUCUGCCCAAACUCCAUGUCCAGUUACCCAACAAUCUUCACUUCAGCAGAGUGCUGGAUGCAGAGGAGAAACAUGUAAGCUGUGAGAUUAGUGAAGAAGAGAAUGAGACCAUCUCCCUGGACUGCAGCGUGGGGAAUCUCUUCAUACCGGCUCUGUCGAAGCUCAACAUCAGCUUUCUACUGGACGUGAACCAGAACAGCAGCGCUGGUGACCUUACCAUCAUCAUCAAUGCUACGAGUGAUAACUACGAAAACAAUGACCUUCUGCACGAUAACACGGCUAACCUGACACUGCCGCUGAGAUACGCUGUGGAUUUCAGCGUCCACGGACUUGUGUCUCCAUCAUCGUUCAUAUUUGGGGACCCUGAUCUGAUGCCAGUUGACUGCUACACCCAGAAGCUGAAUUACACAUUUAUGGUGAUGAACCUCGGUCCCAGUAAAGCUCUCGACACCAAAGUGGAAAUAGGCAUCCCUCAUGCUCUGGUUCCGUAUCCGGAUCGCCUGCUCCGAGUCACAGAUUUACAGACAACUCAAGGUCACUGCCAUGUGAAGAACAGCAGCUGGCCACUGAAGGACGACUGUGAUGUUGAGAAAGCUCCCUUUUAUAAAGACCUUGUGUUCUACAUGUCACAACCCACCAAGCGUAUAAUGUUCUGUGGUCAAGUGGACGAAACCUGCAUGAAGAUCCAGUGCAGCUUCGGCAACCUGGAAAUGGGCAAAGAAGUGACCAUCAAUAUUGAGAUGGAGCUUAACCCUGCUGUUCUUCAGAUCAGCCCCGGAAGACAUGCUAUAAUGCAUAUGUUCAGCACCAUUUCAGUCACAUCUCCAGUCAAGGAUAACAACACCAUCAUCUUGAAUGAGGACAACAACAUCGCUGCUGUGAAGCUAGAAGCCCAAAACAGCCAGAAGCUGCCACCGACUGUGGAAUACAUAAUCAUCGGGUUUAGCUUGUGUCUGGGCCUGAUCAUCUUUGGCAUGCUGGUCUUCUGCCUCUGGAAGGCCGGCUUCUUCAAGCGGAGAUUGAAAGAGAAAAAGGAGAAGAUUGAGCGUGACAGCUGGGACUACGUCACCAAGAGCGAGAGCUUUUCAUAAGACAAUGAAGGAAUUUCAGUAAAGACUUCAAGGGAGACAGAACAGGAAUAAUAUGGAUAGAAACAGAACAUGGACUUAUAUACAGUGAGGACCUGAUGGUCCAGACUGAGAGCUGGAGCGAUGUGGCUGUGUGGUUUUGUUAACACAGAACCAGCGUGUCUGUAUUCAGGACCAAACCAAGUGCACUUUUUUGGCAGAGGGAGAACUGAACACGAGUGAGGGGACGAUGAGUUCUGUCAUACGUGAACGGGCGUGGAAUAAGCGCGGAUGGACAAUAUUAGAGCUUCCACGUCACCGAAAACCACUGCCACAGAGGAGUGCCUGCUGUACAACAGAAACCCUGCAAUGGUUCAGUCCAGACUCAGGUGCCAGGUGAUCCCCUGUGCAUUAUAAACACAACAGACCUGAGUUUAUGCUGAAGGGAAACACUGUGCUGUCCCUCUCUCACUCUUUGCUCUCCAUCCAUCACUUUUUUUUUCUUUUUU